GCCAAACCCUAUCCAAUACACACGCUCGUUUCUCUCUCUCUCUGUCUCUUCCUAAUUUCCUAGUGAACCCAAACAUUAUAAAAUCCAUUAAUUAAUUCAUUAAUUUGGGAUAUGCGGCAAAACAAAAUUAUAUCAUCGUACUUCACGAUUGCGAACAUCUCAAUUUAUUUUUCAUUACUUAUUCUAGUGCUGAGUGUUUUGUGAUCGAUAUUGUUUUAUUUAUAAAAUAAUAUUAUACAUAUAUAUAUAUUUAUUUUUUAAAAUUAUUUAUAUAUAUAUUAAAAAUGCCUAUGAUUGAACCUCCGAAAAUCGCCCCAAAAUUUAAAGCCAACAAAUCAAAAGCAGGUGUGUGGUCUCCAGUACAGACACCCGAAGUCGAAAGGAAAAAGUUUGAUUUCUCAAGCGAAAUAAGAGAAGAGAAAGAAAAAGAAAAACGAAGAGCCGAGGAAGAGGAGAAAAAGGAACCACAACCUCCGGUAUGGACGCCGAGGAGUGCCGGCGCUAGCCCGACGUUAGAUAGGAAAUAUAGAGCUGUCAACUUUCAAAGUCCUACACCUUCCCGCAAGGAAAUUAAGACUCCGAUCGAUUCUCCCGAACUUCCAAAGGAGUUGCCCAUUGAAACAGAGGAUUCAAAAUCAAGGCUCGUCAGUAGCUCGAGUGAAAAUAGCACUUUAUCUUCCGCGCUUAGGCUACCUGCAGCUCAAAACCCAACAAUAACCUUACUUCAGAAAGCCAGAGAGGGCCAAAUUCCCCGAGGAGCACAGUACCUAGAAGAACAAUCUUCGUACGGAGGACCUGUCGGACCUGAUGAAAUUAUUUACAGUGUAAAACAAGAACAUGUACUAGAAGAUAGUAGUAAGAAAGUUGUAGAUCUUGGACCGAGGAAGAUUGAAGGUAUCGGACCUACUACCAGGGAAGGAAUUCCUAUUGUAUUAAGAUCUGAAGUUAAGGAAGACAAUCAACAAAAAUGGUAUAAACGAAUGUACGAUUCCCUCCAUAAAGCAGGCAGUGAUAGUUAUCCUUUAAUCUAUUCAGGAGGUUACGUUUCUGAACCCGAGAGGGUAGGUUACGAUUCUGAUGCUUCACUUUCAAAAUAUGCUACUCUAGAUAGAAGAAAGAUUCGAAAUAAAGAAAAUGACUUUACUACCAGUACUAUGCCCAGGAAUAGGUAUGCUCCUGGAGUGAAAUACGCUGCUAAUGUAUAUAAAAAUCAACCAGGGAGAAUAGAAAAUUAUGAACCAGGCAAUUCCUCUAUAGCUGAAAAAGAAAAAAGACAAUGGUGGGACGAAGUAAUGGACAUAUUUGAUGGGGAGCUGAACGAACAAGGAAGGAAUAACCAGUUAUCUUCAUCUAUUUCAGGAAAACCCUUUACCUAUUCUCUUAAAGAUACUGGCUACGAGAGCGACUCUACGCUCGUCUUCAAGAGGAGGGAAAACAACAUAAGCGGACAGCUGCUGUCUCCGGCCGAACAGAAAAUGGCCUACAAGGUGAUCCAGAGGGGGGGCGAGGUCCCGCUUCAGGGCCUUCGUAAGGCAGCACCCGAGAGGCCUAAAGAACCUCUCGGAAACCCAAUUCCGACUCCACCAAGAGACAAUACUUCCAGGCAGAGGAUACAAGAAUCCCCUCACCGUUAUGUGGAGUCCGAGGUGAACAUCCACUACCGCAGCCCUGUCAGGCAUGAACAGAAAGCAGCUUGGCCUGAGGAUGAGCUCGCACAGAGGCAAGCGGAGAUCAUGCGAAGGAUCUACCAGGAACAGCGGAGGACAAAGUACCUGAAUGAGCUGCAUGACAUGUACUCGAGGAGGCACGCAGAUAAUCUUCUGCCAUCUCAGAAGUCCCCGAUACCGCUCAAUAGGUACGAUGACUUUCCCGUCGAGGUUCAGCCACCGAGACCUCGAGACAGAACUCCAGAACCUAAACUAGUUGCUCGUGCUCUCUAUAAUUUUGUUGGGCAAACUUCUAGGGAAUUAAGUUUUCGACGUGGCGAUAUUAUUUAUGUCCGAAGGCAGAUUGAUAAAAAUUGGUACGAAGGAGAACACAAUGCUAUGAUUGGGCUCUUUCCAUUCAACUACGUAGAGAUAAUUCCGUACGAUGGGAUCCGUACGCUUCCGAAGAAAGCCAGUGAAGGGCAGGCUAGGGCUAAGUUCAACUUCCAAGCUCAAACGCACUUGGAGCUCUCAUUAGUCAAAGGUGAGCUGGUCCUUCUUACAAGAAGAGUAGAUGAGAAUUGGUUCGAAGGGCGUAUCGGCAACAGGAAAGGGAUCUUUCCAGUCUCUUAUGUUGAAGUGUUGGUCGAACCAGGAGAAAGGCCAAUGAGCCCGUCCGGAGGGGGAAGCGGCAGCAGUAAGCCUAUCGUCGCUCCCGCGUCCCACAGCGUGAUGCUCAACGGAGCCAAGGACUUGGGUCAGCAGCAUUAUCAGCCACCCCGCCCCGCUAUUUAUACUUCAUCAUCUUUGCCUCCUUCAAGUAAGCUGAGUGAUAUAAGCCUAGUUAAUCAAGCGCUGCACAUAGACACCCAGUCGGACCCAGUUCCUUAUCGGGUGCUGUACAAUUAUCGGCCUCAGAACGAGGAUGAGCUGGAGCUGAAAGAAGGGGACAUUGUUUACGUAAUGGAGAAAUGUGACGACGGCUGGUACGUCGGCUCCCUUCACAGGAACGGGCAGUUUGGUACUUUCCCUGGCAACUACGUUGAGAGAAUACAGUGAGCCAAGACAUAGAUCGCCUGAGAGGCAGGAUUACAAUGUUCACUGAAUGGGCCUAAGGGAAAGGUGACAAGGAUGUUUACGGUACAAACGAAAGUAGUUUUGUUUUAGCAUCGUGAAGGAUCUGUUUAAAAGAGAUGUAUCUAACGAGACAGAGGAAAGAGUAUUAUUUAUAUUUUAUUUAUAUUUAUUAUCUCACAUUGUAAUCUAUAUUUUUAUUUACCUGGAAUAUAUUUAUUGUAUUUCUUUGUCACCAAAAAAUAAUUAUUAAUAAAAAUUUAUGUUAACUAUGAUUACCAAAAUGCUGUUAAAAUAAGUAAUAUUACUUAUGAAAAUGGAUCAUGUUGAAAGUUAUCAAUUUUUAAUAGUUUAUUUAUUUAUAUGAGAUUAUUUUUUUCUGUUGUUUAUUUUUUUGUACAUUUAUCACGGAAUUAGCUGUUUAUUUAGAUAAUAUUUAAAAAAAAACAUGUGUUAUAACUAAUUUAUUUUUUUAACUUUAUAAUUCUAUUUACAAAAAUUUGUAAGAUUACCUAUUCUCUAAGAUAUAUUGAGUUAAUUUUGACAUUAAGUACAACAAGUGUAGUCUGACUUGAGCAAUAAAUAUAACAAUAGUGCACUUAAUUAUUAAGGAAUUAACAUUUUGAAUAAUGAUUAACAAAACAAGUUGGUUUAAAAAACUUUGUUUUGAAAUAAUUUUAAUUUUCCGUGCACUGUUAUAAAGAAAACAUCACAUGUGUUAACAUUUAAAAUAUUUAUUAAUUUCUAUUAUUUAAUUUUACCGUAAGUGAACACAAUAUUUCCUCCCCGAUUGAAUGGUAACAUGGGCGAAAUUAUUGAAAACAGCUUUAUUCGAUAAGUGAGCACUUAUUGUCUGUUCCUUAAUUUUUAAGUUUCAGUUCCUCUAUUUGUAAUCUAGUGCCUAAUAUUCUCUUUUCUAGGGAGUUCGCAUAUUUACCUAAAAUAAAACGUAACUGACAUAGGGUAUUUGUAAAUUGUUAUUCAGUUGAAGGCGUCGAAAGCUUAAAAAUGAUGGAAUUUUCAUACGCGCAGCCUAAGGUUUAGGCACAUGAUUGCUUGAGACUUCCUACUCCAUAAUCUGCCUUCCAAAUUUCUUUUAAAUUUAAAAGUGUUAUUUGUAUUUGAAAACUAAACUAUUUUCUUGUUUUGAGGCCUAACUUUAGGUUUACUUAUAGGAAAUUAGUAUCUAGUCAUUGUUAGCCAAAAAUAAAUAAUAUGAAAAAA